AUGACGACGUGCGCGCGCGUUGGCGCUUGGCUCGCCUUCACCUGUUCUAUACAACCUCACCGUCGCCCUGGGCGAAGUUGUACCCGCGCACCUAUUUUUCCGUUCCCAUCUCUGUUCCUACCUCGUCCGUUAAUCUCAUUUCACACACGGUCCGCGUCGAGGCUUGACUUUGAGACGGGCAGCAGUCACGCUGCAGAUGGCUGUGCCCACGUUAUUGUCUCUCGCGGCUCGACUUCCAUGACUUCUAUGAUGCAGAGCUUCUCGAUGUACAGCAGGGUGCGAAUGAAAAGGGGCUCCACGCCACCUGAACAGUGCAUCGGUCGUCGCUUACUCGGUCACCAGGGCACGACGCACGCUGUGCAAUCACAUGUCCCCUAUCGCACGAGGGGAGAGCAGUCCGACUAUGAGCCCAACACCAUCUCAGAAUACGAAGACGAGCCUGGUAAAGAACUCCCGGACAACUCUGACCACAACAAAGAAACCAGUAAAUCUGCCCCCGACGAACUUGACUAUAUCGAAGACAUGUACGGGAGAGGCCGGGGAAGAAUAAUGGGCCAGCAGUCCAGUGCAUCUGAGCCAGAUGACGAUGGAGGUGAUGAACAUCUUCAGAACGCCCCUGGGAAUGAAGAAGAGGGUGCAUAA